UAACUGUUAAGUUACUUUCAGUGGAGGAUAAUUUAGUGGAGGAUAAUUUACUUUAAAAAGUGUUACCUGUAUCUCAAAGGUAUCUAUCGACCUAAUAUAAGGCUAACUCUCAUAUACCCUUGUACUUAAAAAAAAAACCCAAUGUACAGGUUAGAUGUUUUUCCCUUCCCCGCUCAAAGAUAAAGAUAUAGUUACCUCGGAGGCAAUGAUGUCAUUCUGGUCUAGCAAUACGGUAUAAGGAUACAAACCUGAGGCAUUACUUUUAACACCUCUGAAAUAUGAAAUGAAGAAAGAAAAAACCACAGCUGGAGUAAGAAAAAAGAGAAAAUUUGUAAAUAAUGUUCACGUAGCCUGGGGCUGAAGGUUAGCUGAAUAUUACACACAUGGAGGAUGUUUUGAAAUAUGUGUUGCAAGGAAGGAGAAGAAAAUUCCUGGUGUGAACAAACUAUCCCAUUGCAAACUUCUGCUGUGCAAACGUCUCCUCUGGUAUGCAAAUGCGACAGCCAUAACUAUUUAUCACCGGGAUAAUGUUUGGAACAAUAACUGUGCAGCCAUACGUUUACCUGUCGCUGAUGUUAUCACGUCAUCAGUUCAGGUGAGGCCGAGGUCCUUCCUGUAAUCCAUGCCUGUACUCUCCAUAUUAUUACCGCCCUCAGCUUUUGAUGGGCAUCCUUGUUGUUUUACAGUGUGGGCUUGUCUGUGCUCAGCGGAUGCACAAAGUCGGGUGAGGCAGGUCACGUUCACUGAAGUGGAUGUUGCUUGAGGAUGUUGUAACCGAACGCUGUCAAAGAUGGUAAUAAAAUGAGGCAUGGAUAUUCUAUCUACUAAAGAUCAUCAUCAUCAUCGUCGUCGUCGUCGUCGUCGUCGUCAUCCUCCUCCUCCUCUCCUCCUCCUCCUCCUCCUCCUCCUCAUCAUCAUCAUCAGUGACUUAUUAUGUCCCAACCAAAGCCAGGUUCAGCGAACUUUACAUACUCGAAGACAUAAAGAUACAAAUUCUGUGGCUUUUUCGGUGAAGUUGAUGAAAGGCCAGCGUCGUUGUCAUACCAGAUUACAUCCUGUUCAUAAAACAAAAUGUUGAUAAAUAUUUCGCAAUGCAGUGGUGCGGAUAAGGUGAAUCAUGAGAGUUUAGUCCGCACAACUCAGAUAUUUAAACAAAUUUAUUUUCACAGCUUCAGUUUAUAAAUCUUUAUCAGUAUGACAUUUCCAAAAAUGUCUUACAUGGUUGAUAGCUGGGUGAUUCUUAUCUGCACUGACGAGUAGUCUUGUGUCUGACUGAGAAGGUGAUUGUAGCAAACAAGAGCCCCGCUAUCUUACUGCGGUUCUGGUCUUCUACUGUGGUUGCAUCUCAAAUCGUCCGCACGUGCAGCUACUUGAGACGAGAAUCACACUCCGGUGAGCCGAUGACGUGGUAACCCGGAUGUAGACUGGCGAUAGCUGAGAGGACUGGUCAGACAUGAGAGGAAAACUGUUUACAAGUCACAGACAAACUGUAGGAGGAUGGAACUGAAGGUACCCAAGAUUCCAGUGUGUGUGGCGAUCGCCUGUUGCGGGGUGGCCUUGUUGUUCCAGCUGGUGGCUGUGGCGGGUACCGGCUGGCGUGUCAACAAGCAAACUGGUCGAGAAACCGGUUUGUUCCGCGGUUGUGUUUAUGGCGUGUGUAGCGAUAUCGUGAGCAGGAUUAUGCCAGACUGGUUCAGGGCGACUCAGGCGUUCUCCAUCCUGGGAUUCUUCGCCAUCGCCGGAAGUCUGGCAGUUGGAAUUCUCCAUGCUGUUCUGGAAAAUACACGUGUCCUGUCUAUUCUCGGCAUUGCUUCGUGCGCUGCUUCCGUCGGAGCCCUGUUAAUUGAAGUUGCUGUGUUUGGAGGUGGGGUGGGUAACGACAUAUAUGAUUAUUCCAGCUUCGGCUACGGGUUCAUCUUGUCUGUCAUCGCCUGCAUUGUCAGUGUCGGGGCUGCAGUCUGUUUUGCAAUAGAACUUCGACGAUAUAACAAUGAAUACAUUUCUCUCAGUUAGUUCAGAUGUCAUAGCAUACCAUAACAUACCUAAAUAAACCUUUCGCUUUUACAAAUGUUGUCUUGUUUAUUUCUAAUUAUUUCCGAUGUCCUUGCACUUGGAUAAACAAUCGUGUUUAAUGCCGCGUCACGUGGAUGUGUGAUCAUUUGGUUUAUCAUUUAUUUAUUUCUGCUUUAAGUGAGCAACAGUUACUCAGUUCCAUGUGCGAAAAGAGACCCGUAU